UGUUUUUUUACUUGUUGUUGGGGAAAUGAUGUUCGAACCACACGUCUGGCGGGUAACACCUACCUUCUCUCGGCGCCUAUGGUGCCUCUUUCUUUCAAGUCGGACGUUAUAGAUCCCUUUGUCCGCAGCUUGUUUGUUUAUCCGUUGCGUGUGGACAGUGUUUGACUCCGCAGCUAAAAACCCAGUGACGCGGGAGACCGGAAGUGGGCGGUGGAAGUGUGCCAUCCGCCCUCACUCUUAUGUAAGGUGAAGCCUCCUCCAGGCUGGCCGUUGUAGGCGACGUGUAUUAUUUGAAGACGAGGAGAGGAAGCUGGGCAGUACCUGUGGUAAUAACACUCUCAAUAAGAGCCUUUCUGUCUGGUAGCAUUGGGAUAAACAGUAGACCUUUCUCAAGAGAGCUAAAUCUCAUUAGGUUUACUUGCAUGUCCAUGUAAAUGGGGUUAUUGAGUUUGUAACCUGCACUAUACAGUAUAUUAUCUAACCUGUGUAAUCAGUGUGUGAAUCCUUUCCGCUACACUUGUGGAGUUGUGGGGGCCCAAAGGGGACAUUGGAUGGAUGGAUGGAUGGGCGGACAGGACAUCCCCAGUUCCCCCUCACACUCAGGACAGGGCCCCUCGCCUAAAGGAUUCCCUCCUCCCAUGGGUCCAAGCCCAACAGGGGGGGGGUCUAUAGUUAGCCCUGACCAACGGACCUCCUGCCGUGUGACAAUGGAGGCAAAACAGGAAGUCUUUUUGUCCUGUGUGUGUGUGUGUGUGUGUGUGUGUGUGUGUUGGGAACAGAUGACCAGGAAGAUUAAAAAAGAGGAUAAAAAUGCCAACAAAGUGGAAACUUCCAGCAGCAAGGGAUGGUUUUUCCUUGUGCGUUUGUCUCUCCUCUCUCGCUCUCCUGUUUUUCUCUUCUAAAAGACCCUGUUUCCUGGUAAACAUUGAGAGAGAGAGACGGGGGGGUGUUUGGUUUGGCGUUCGAGGAAUGGAUUAGUACCUACUGUUCAGUCGGUGGUUGUGUUUGUGUGUUCAGUCGCUGUGUGAGAGCUGUUACUUAACCACGCUCUCUCAGCCAUGAACGAUGGGAAAUCAACCGACACGUUAAUGUUUAAGCCCACUCACUCAUAGUUAAUGCUUUACCCGCCUUAGGCCUCUGCAGCCUAACCUGGGCUGACUGGAGCUGUACAUACUGGGGGAUGUGGUGGGGAGGAUUUCUCCACUCUGGCAACCAUCAACCCUGUCUGUCGCUGGGGGUUUCGGGUUGCAGGUGGUGGAGAAAACGGAACCAGUUGAAGAGGGAGAUGAAAACGGUCCUCGUUUUCUAAAACCAGGCCAUUCCCACGGGACCACUGUUACUGUGCUAUUGAUCUCCCGCCCUCUCUUGUUCUCUCUCGCCCCCCACCCCCCUCUUUCUUUCUCUGCCUUUCCUAAUGAAUGAUUGUGGCCUGACCCCUGACUGAGAGCUCCUCUUGUCUUCGCCUUAAGAGUCAGUCACACAGACCUAGCCUAGCCGUCACAGCAGCAGUAGUACGGCGUUGGGUGACAGUAUGACAGAUGGACAGCAGCAGAGAUGGGACAUUGGGAAAGUAGGAUCUGGUGGACAGGGGAACUGCCUCUAACUGGGCCUCUUCGGAUAACACCUCCCAGCUGACCAACACUCCCACAGACCGGCAUGGAAGAAGCGGUGGUUUGUUCUCCGCAGCGGCCGUCUCUCGGGCGACCCAGACGUGCUGGAGUACUACAAGAAUGAUCACGCCAAGAAGCCCAUCCGCGUGAUCGACCUCAACCUGUGUGAACAGGUGGACGCAGGGCUCACGUUCAACAAGAAGGACCUGGAGCACAGCUUCAUCUUCGACAUCAAGACCAUCGACCGCGUCUUCUACCUGGUGGCCGACACGGAGGACGACAUGAACAAGUGGGUCCGCUACAUCUGUGACAUCUGCGGCUUCAACCCCACGGACGACGAAGCGGCAAAGGCUGCCCACCAGGCGGCCAGCGGUAGCUCUGUGGUGGACACGCCCCCUCACCCUGGCCUGGGGGGUCCUCCGGCCAUGCUGACCAACGUGCCCCCUCCCUACCAGCCGGUCAGCGUGCGCCACCUGGACUCGGAGUCCAGCCUGGACGAACCCCAGGACUACCUGUGGCUGGUCAACUGUGAGAGCAAGAAGCCAGAGCCCAACAGCUCUGUGACUCCUCUCCCCCAGGAGUACCUCCUCCUGGAGGAGUGUGAGAGCAAAGGGGCUCCUUCGCCUCCCCAGGUUAAUCAAGCCCACGCUGAUUGUUCCAAGUCAACCUCGUCAGAGACGGACCUGAACGACAACGUCCCCGCCCACCGCACACCAACCUCCACUAGCUCCUCCUCUAAGCACGCCAACGGCUUCUUCUCCUCUGUCCUGCCCCCUCACCCCUCCUCUGCCUCCUCCAUCUAUGACUCUCCGCCUUCCCGCGGAGGCGACCUCUCUUCCAGCCUUUACCACCUCCCCCGCUCCUACUCCCAGGACACUGUGCUCCUUCCCAAGUCGGCCUCCGCCUCCUCGCCCCCUGUCCCGGUCGAAGGCGACGCCCCAGAGCUCUACGUCUUCAACGCGCCCUCGCGGAAGCCCUCCAUGGAGACUCAGAUGAGGAACCUGUCGGUUAGCUACGAUAUUCCUCCCACACCAGGCAGUAACUGUACCUAUCAGGUGCCUCGAGGUCCAGCGAGUGGUGGGUCUGAGGGUGGGGAUGGGAUGCCUCCGCCCCGGCCCCCCAAGCCUUCCCUCAGCUCCCUGACCCCGGGGCACCCGCCGCCCCCCGCGGAGCGCUCGCCCACGGACACGUACUGUGUGCCGCGCUCCAUGUCAGAGACGGAUGGAAACUACUGCGUGCCCACCAGCGCCGGGAACAAGGCCCUGAGGAGCAACACCAUUGGCACCAUGGACUCAUCACGCCUCAGGAAAGAUUUGGGCUCCCAGGACUGUUACGAUAUCCCUCGGACGUUUCCCUCUGACAAGAGCUGCUCGUUUGACUUCAACGAAAGCUUCAACAGCUACUUGAAAAACAAAGGCAUGAUGCCAGUGGGCAGCCAGUCCAUGGAGGAAGUUGACCAGAACUACGUACCCAUGAGCGCCAACUCCCCAUCCCACCACCGCUCCGGCAGCCUGUCGGGCUGUGAACCCAUCGUGGAACCCAACUAUGUCCCCAUGACCCCGGGCCCGGGCACCUUAGAGUUCUCCCUGGGCAAGCAGGUUCCCCCGCCGGCCCACAUGGGGUUUCGCUCAAGCCCCAAUACCCCACCCCGCAGGCCCAUGCUCAUCAGCGAUUGUCAGCCCCCGCCCGUGGACCGCAACCUCAAACCGGACCGCAAAGGUCAGAGUCCUAAAAUAAUAAGAGCAAAGGGGGUUGGUUUAGAGCGAACCGACUCUCAGACCGUAGGGGAGUUCCCAAGACGACGCAAGGCCAAGCCCGCCCCUUUGGAGAUCAAGCCCCUACCUGAGUGGGAGGAGUCAUCGGCGCCCGUCCGCUCGCCUGUCACCAGGUCUUUUGCUCGGGAUCCCUCCAGGUUCCCCAUGCCCCCCAGGCCUCCCUCGGUGCAUAGCACCGCCUCCAGCACCGACUCCGAGGACUGUGAUGAGAAUUAUGUAGCCAUGGUCUCUAAGGCAGACGAACUCAACAUGAAGCUGGGUGCGUCCAUGACGGCGGACGGGGGGAGCAGCCCAAUGGUGAAGCCCAAGGGAGACAAGCAGGUGGAGUACCUGGACCUAGACCUGGACCCUGGCAAGUCUACCCCACCACGGAAGAAGAAGAGUAAUGGGAUUGGUCUGGCGGUGUCAGAUGAGCGGGUGGACUACGUGGUGGUGGACCAGCAGCGGACGCAGGCCCUCAAGAGCACCCGGGAGGCCUGGAACGAUGGACGUCAGUCCACAGAGACAGACACCUCCACCAAAGGGCCCAAGUGACCCCCAGCUAUAGCCCCACGCUGCUGGGCCGCAGACAUUACUCCAAGCCCUGGCUCGGGCCCCGGCCUUCACCUCCUCCAGACUCCUAGUGCCGAAGUGAAGGGGCCGGCGGACCUCCAGGGCCGCUGAACUGUCUUUAGUUUACACUGCCAUCAGUCAGUCUGAGGACAGAACAGCUACAGCACAGCGCCCCUCUGUGGCAGACAGGGGGUAUGUGCCAGGAAUAAGCUGAAUGCAGUAUGGAUGCAAGUAGGUUUGAUUGAUGUGUCAGUCCUCACCUGCCUGAUAUGGGGACUCUGUAAAGACAUUACCACAUCCACAAAGACUUGGAGUCUGGAACACUUACUGCCACUUAUGGUGGAUUUCAGUUUAGAUUUUUCCUCUAGUUGGUUGGAGAAUGACCAGGAGACAACUUAAAGACAUUUCCUUUAUGAUUAAAUCACAACACUGUGGGACACUGUCUGGAGUCUGUUUUGGGAGAGAAUGAGUCAUCUCUCUUUCAGAAUGCUUAGUGUCUACUUAAUACUUUACUGCCAAGGUUGCCUAGUUUUGCUGGUAGGAAAUUGGGCCAUUUUUCUCUUGUACAGGUCUAAUAUUAUCCAAAACAUUGUAAGAGAGAACCAGGUUUUCUUAGUGAAAGACUUGUUGUGAAUGCAAGAAAAUAGAAUACAAUAAACUUUUUCUGAAACGCAACUGACCAAGUGCUCAAAGGUUUGGAUUCACUGAAACAACGUCAUUUAAUCGACUGAGAAAUGAUUCUCUUCCUCGUUUAGUUUUUAGUGGAAGAGGAAACGGCUUGACAUUUGCAAAACAAAAAGAGUUGUACAAAGUGUUAUGUAUAUAAACAGAAAGUGUCCUUUAUUCAACACUAUAUACGGUGUGUGGUAAUUCUGCAGGGUGGAAUUCUAUACGCUCUCCAAGAUGGUAUCGGGACAUGUGAUAUGAAAUGACAGAAUCAACUGUGACAGCUUAAAAACGGGAAGCUCCCCCAACACUUUCUGUGAGUUAUGCAAAGGUAUCAAACGUAGGUUUAUAGGAGAGAGAAAUCAGGUACUCAUUCAAAUACUAAUAACAGCUAUUUCCAUUUCUAAUUUAUUUAGAGUUAUCUCAACGAUAGAUGUCCAAGUAAUCUAUAAACGGACAGAUUUGAUGCUAUAGAGCAAAGUGCUGUUGAAAAUGCCUUCUCAACGAGCACCAGUCAACUUGUUUCAGGAGUUUAUUGUGAUGGCGUGUGUCGAUUUCAUUCUCUCUUAGGUUUUAAUUUAUUUCAAAAGGAUUUACGCGCACACCAUUCUGGGGUCUGAUGUAUGUAUGCCUUACGAUCUACUUGACUUGAUAUGUCUUUGUAAAUAGUGACACAUUGUGAUGUUUUACCUAAAAAGAAAAUACUUCAGAAUCGUAGUGUUUUUUUUUCAUUGACUAUUGGCUUUACUAACUUUCCAGGGACCCUAUUCACUGUCUGAGUAGGAGUGCAGAAGCCGCUUUCCCGAAAGCAUCUUAAGGCUAAAUGCAUUGUUAGAACCAUAGGAUCCUACGGUUCUAAUGAUGAACUUAGCUUUGAGAGAGUUUUGGGAACCCGGCCUUGGUUUAGGAUCAGGUCUCCACUGUUCAUGUAAUCUUAGUCAUUGUAAAAGGAAAAACCAACUGAUUCUAGAUCAGCACUCUUAGGCUGAGAUUCUUCAUGAAUACAGGCCCAUUUCUCUCUCUAAGUCCUAAGCAUGUUUUACCAGGAGAAUUAGUCUUUGCUGUAUAUAUUUGCACCAACUAUUCCAGCAUGUAUCAUUUGAAUUGAAAAACUGUGCCUGUACUGUCAUUUCCAUACUACUUAAUUCUCACCAUCCCAUUGCAGGGUUGUCUUGUCUCGAGACCAACUGCAAAACGUUGAUGCUUUCUUUUCUUUAAUGAAUCAAAAGAGAAACAUUUCCAUUUGAAAGUAAACUAAAUAAAACAACCUUUUUUGA